GUCGGGCUGAAUGAGACGUGGAGCCAGACGAGUGGGUCGCUCGUCUGUUGUGGGUUGCUUUUUGACUGGUGGUCGUGGAGGGAAGGUUGUCGUGUGUGUCCGCCGUUGGCUCGGGUAUAGCCGGGAAACCGAUCCACUUUCCUGUGCCGUAGAAUCAUCCAUUUCAAUACUGAAUAGCACUGCUGAUCUGCGAAUUCAAGAGGGAUGGCGUUACUCAAUCGGGCAUCUUUGAAGAAAACGAAUCACGUGCAUGCAUACAUUGAACGUAUGCACAGUCAACCGUAUGCAGACACUUUCCACGGUGGAUGCUGCGCGUUGCGGCUGCUGUCCGGUCUAUCCUUCGUCGUCGGCAUCAUCAGUGGCGCAUCUGUUGAGCGGUCGCUGGGAAGGACGGACGGGAGAGAGACAGAUAUUGUCACAUGCGCUCCCGGGCGAAAUCGCCAGCACGCCCGCGGGCGCAAACAGCAGAUUCGGGCUUAGUGUGGCUGCCCAGAUCACUGUCUGGGAAAUCCCAUCCAAACAGUGGUUCAGCGCGGGCAUUCUGUGCAGCGUAGAAGGCGGAAAGCACAAAGACGUCGCUGUACCACUAUCUCGAUUGUCGCAUUGUGUCCUUUUGCCAUCCUCCUUCCAUGCAACUCUCAUGCGGUCAGCGGCGCUGUCGUCCAAGGGGACGAUGUCACGAGAGCAAUGUCAGCGUCAGAGCGCGUUGGAGCAAGGCUGUGAGUGGCAAUGUUGGUUGGCAUUGGUUGAUGUGGCACGCGCGCUGGGAGUUGAGUCUGGGGGCCAACUUGUUCGUUCGCAAGCCAACUCCGAGGCAGUUCGCGCGCGUGGGUCUCCAUUCACCAUUCACGAAUCGUCGCAUUCUCAACACCCGUCUCUCGCCACCGCUUGCUGAAGACUCUUAGAUUGACACGGUGACUAUACUUCCUCGGCGCGAAAAGACGUGUGCGGCUCGGGCCAUCUCUCGAAUUGCUCCCCGUGAUGAGUGUGCAUUGCGCGAACAAACAACGUUGAGCUAACCGAAAGGCUGCGAUCUGACAGGCAUUGUGUGAUCGGCCGAGCAUCUGGACUCGAGACCAGGAGAGGAGGAAGAUGGGCCUGCCCUCGCGAUCGCGUGUGCAACCGCACCAUGCCGCCGCGUGAAAAUUGGCGAUGAGCCUCGAUGUACGCAGUCGUUCCUGCAGAUUCCACUAGUCGUCUAGUGUGUAUUGC